UGAAGGUUCUGUAAUCACAACUGCAGGUCCAAUAACUGCUGGUCCAACAACUGCAGGUCCUGUGACUACAGGUCAAAUAACUUCAGACCCUGGAAUCACAACUACAGGUACAACUACACACCCAGCAACUGGAGGUCCAGUGACUGCAGGCCCAACAACUAGAGGACCCGGAUUCCCAAGUGCAGAUCCAACAAAUCCCACAACUCUUGGUCAAACAUCUGCAGGCCUGGUAACUACAAGUCUAACACACCUGACAACUGGAGGUCCAACAGAUGCAGGUCCAACUACAUUAGUUGUAACAAGUGCAACUACAACUACAAGUUCAAUAGGUCCAACAGAUCCUUCAAGUACCCCAAGAGCAGGUCCAACGCAGCCACUAAAUGAAGGUCCGACUGGUCAGACUGCAGGCCCUACAACUCCAGUCCUUGCAAGUCCUACAACUGUACGUCCAACAGAGCUUACAAGUGCAGGUCUGAAUAGUUCCACAACUGCAGGUCCACCAAAUCUUACAGCUGUGAGCCAAACAACUGGAGGCCUAACAACUGCAAUCAUGCGGCAAUCAACAACGCAUUCAAUUGGAACUACAUCUGCAGAUCCAACAGUUGUUUUAUCCACCACUGGAGAUGGAGCACUGCAGUGUUUGUUCUGCGUUGAUGCACAGUGUUCAACUGAGGAAUCUUCCUUCUGUGGUUUAAAUAUGAUGUGUUUUACAGCUUCCAUUUUAGAAUCUUCAUCCGGAGACUCAGCAAAUGUGACAAUCUCAAAGGGGUGUGGACUCGCAAACCUAUGUCCAACCCCAGGCAAUAGGACAUUCUCAGACAACAAUGGUUCAGUUAUAUCUGCGAGGUGCUGUGACACUGAUAACUGCAACUCAGAGAAUAUAACUGCUCCCAGAGUAUCCUCACAGCUUCAGCCAGAGGGUCUUCAGUGCUACACUUGUUUUCCUGCGAAUCAGUGCAAUUCGAUUUUGCAGUGUCGAGCAGAGGAGGAUAUGUGCUUUCGGGAAAAUGUGACAUUUGAUUCUGUCACUUAUGAAACUGCUGGUUGCACAUCUUCAAACCUGUGUCAAGCUUCACCUAACCCUGGGACUCAACCGACUACGCAAAGCCUUACCUUCAUGAGAGGAGAACCAGAGUGCUGCAACACCAGUUUGUGCAACUUUAUAUCAACUCCUGUGCGUCCAACGAACCAACCUCCUUCAUUUGCUACAAGUUCAACAUCACCUGCCACAAACAACAUAACAGGAACACCACUGCCAAUGACUAGUAGUGAAGCAACAACAUCAGGCCCAAGAUCAUCUGCAUAUUUAGGAAUGCAGUUAAAACUGACCUCCAUCGAAAGCCUCAGCGAUGCAUCUGUGACUGAAAUCAUUGACCAGUAUUUUGCUCAAGUCCUGGGUGACAUCCCACACGCAGUGAAUGUUAGGAAGAUUCAAAGAAUGUGACCGACCAACCAAUGACCCUUCAGGGACCAAGUUGACAGAAGCAACCCAACGAUAAAGCAUGACGACAGUAAGGACGUGCUGGCUGAUUUGAGAUCAUUUAUUUAAAUAAUUUUAGAAACAAGUUUUUUUUUCUUUUCAGUUUGAUCUCAUUAAAUGUUAUAAUGUUCAACCUAAAUCCUCAGACCAACUCAUAGCCUUCAUCUUGUGAUGUUUUCAAACUGAAUGCAUAUAUGUGUUUUUAUUUAGUCAAACAGCGGGUAACUGUUGUCUGAUUUUAUCAUUUGUUCUCAUUGUUGGAGCAGGCUUGAGUGUCAGAUUGCUUCAAAAUAAUAAUAAAAA